AUGUCGCCAAAACAUACUACUAAUACACCAACGCCCGCCACUGCAAACACGGGACACAUCACCAAGCCCGCCCCGCUGCAGAAUAGCUAUACCUCCGACCCCAGUCUGCGCAGGAUUCUAGAGUGGUAUCUCCCUUCCAAGCACCUAAGCACGCUCGAACCCCAGCUCGUCCGGCUCGGUGGCGAGGCCGUCUCUGAGCAGAUCCGCGAGUGGAGCGCCGACGCCGAAAAGAACCAGCCGUACGUUAAGGGCCAUAAUGUUUGGGGGGAGCGAUAUGAUGUGGAUAAAUUGGUUACGAGUGAGGGGUGGAAGAGGCUAGGGAAAUGGGGUGGUGGACACGGUGUUGUCGCGCUGGGAUAUGAACCUACGUACGGUCGCGAGAGAAGACUUGCGCAGUACGCAGUCAACUACCUAUACUCGCCCUCCUCCGGCCUCGCCUCGUGCCCGAUCAGCAUGACCGACGGCGCCGCCCUAAUCCUCACGCAGGAGAUAGCAAGGAAGAAACUCCCUCCGUCCCAUCCAUUCCAGAAGACAUUAGCCCACCUUCUCUCCCGCGGCGACGACCUCUGGACCUCCGGACAGUGGAUGACGGAGCGUGCCGGUGGAAGCGAUGUCCAGAAUACAGAGACAUGGGCAUUCCACUCUCCGCUUACACUGGACACAGACACAACAGCAGCAGUGACGCCCAACGAUGUCGAUGGUGGCGAAUAUCUUAUCCGCGGGUUCAAGUUCUUCUCGUCAGCAACAGACGCGAAUGUCUCUCUUUUGCUCGCAAAGACAAGCACAUCAGGGAAGUUAAGCACAUUCCUGGCACCACUCCGAACCACCCGGAAAGACGACCAAGGAGGUGGUAUCAAGGAAGUAACAAACGGCGUCCGCAUCCACAGACUCAAAAACAAACUCGGCACGAAAGAGCUCCCCACCGCGGAACUCGAACUUCAUGACAUGCGCGCCCACAUUGUCGGCGACCUCGACAAGGGCGUGCAGACUAUUGCACCUUUAUUGAAUAUCACGCGCGCCCAUACAUUCAUCGGCUCGCUAGGCGGGUGGCGACGGGCGAUUAGCAUCGCAAAGGGCUUUUCGAGGGCGCGCACAACGGUCGGAGAGCCACUGUGGCUUAUCCCUAUGCACUUGAGACUUACUGCGGAUAUGGAGGGGCGACAUCGGGCAGCGAUGGAGGUCGGGUUUUUCACGGUCGCUGUGAUGGGUGUUGUUGAGAAUGGGGGCGUUGCUGGUACUUCUGGCGCUGGGUCGAAGUUGGAGCAUCUCCCCAAGCCUGGGAACGAGGCGACUGUUGUUUUCCGGUGCUUGACGGCCCUGGCGAAGGCUGUUGUGAGUAAGAUGACGAUUAUUGGCAUCCAGGAGUGUCAGGAGGCGAUGGGGGGUGUCGGGUAUAUGGAUGAGGCGGACGAGCCGGAGUUUAAUAUCUCGCGGAUUCUGAGGAACAGUCUUGUCAAUUCGAUCUGGGAGGGGACGACGAAUGUGCUUGCGAGUGAGUUUGUCAGGGUUCUGGUGAGAGGGGAUAAUUUCUCUGUCUUUGCUGGGUGGGUUGAGCGUGUGCUGGGGUUGCUAGGGGCUGGUGAACUCAGGGAUGCUCUAACUGAAGCCUGGGGGGUGUUUAAGGGGAAGGUUCAGUCGAUGCAGGAGUCGAUGCUUCUGGCUGAUGGACGACGAGCGAUGUUUAGCUUUGCGUGGAUCUUGAAUGGGCUGUUGUUGGUGUUGGAUGCGCAGAGGGAUGGGGAUGCUGUUACCAACGAGAUUGCGCAGAGGUGGGUGCUGCAGGGGGAGCUUGGGGUUGGGGAUACAGCCUGGAGAGAUGUUGUUUACCCUCGCAAGACCAACGAAGUGUCUGAAGAGACAGUCCGGUGGGAUUGUCGCAUUGCCUGGGGAGAGGAGCUCCCUGCAGUGGCAUCAGGGCACCGUUCGAUGAAGCUCUAA